GGGGGCGGUGGGGGAGGGAGGGAGAAACCUCAAGUUUAAAAAGCUUGAGCUACUCUCACGGAAACAAGGAAAUGGAAACAGUCUCUGAGCGAGAAUGACAGAGAUACGGAGCUUGAUGCAAGAGGACAUCCCGGCAGCUAAACGGGCAUUGGGAGAGAACUAUGCAAACCUCCAGCAAGUGGCUGAAUAUGUUGAGAACAACUAUGCCAAGUCUGAAGACAAGACACAAGCUCUACAGGAAGCCAAAGCCUUCACGGCACAGUCUCUGGCCAGCGUGGCUUACCAGAUCAACAAUUUGGCCGAAAAGGUGCUCAGACUGCUGGAUCUCCAAGCCUCAGAGAUCCCCAAGAUCGAGUCUUCGAUCAACUGCAUAUCUCAGAAAGUGGACAUGCACAAGGAGAAGGUGGCUCGGAGAGAGAUCGGCAGCUUCACAGCCAGUAAAACCUUGCUGAGGGUUCACAAGAUCGUUCCCCCGGCCAUCCCCGAGCAACGGGAAAAGUACAGCCGGAAACCCAUCGUUUACACCAUCCUCGACGAUAUUGGCCAUGGGAUGAAGGAAACUAACCACCAGCUCUCGAGAUCAAGGACUAUGUCACAGAGACAUGGGCACCCAAGUGUGCCAACUAGUCCCACCGUGCCAGCGCAGGGCACUCUAGGGCGGAACUUCAGAACAUCGGGUCCAGUCCAACCUCCUGUUGUGCCCAGUGGAUACAGCAGCCCUGUGACAAGUGCCAUUGACCCUCCUCCGCUGUUCAGGAGCAACGAUACCGGUGGGAGUAACAUGUUUGGCUCCACGCCCCUACCUCCUCCUCCACCGCUCCCGACGCAUCAGCCAGAUGGAGACGGAUUACCAGAUCCUCUGCCCCCUGCCCCGAUGCCUCCCCCUCCCCCUCCUCCUCCUCCCACCCCUCAGCUUCCCAGCGACGACCUCCCCCCACCUCCUCCCCAGUUCUCCGACUCUCUCCUCCCUCCUCCUCCGCCAAUGCCUCCGUCGGAUGUCCUUUCAUCAGCGAGCUCUGCGGCUAGCUUUCCCUGCCAUUUCCUGCGACGCUGCCACCGUGUCAUGGGCUCGCUUGCCUUACUGCAACCGCAGGCAAAUAAUGCUUGGCUGUCCUGUCACUCCGCAAUUUGCCCCCCAGUGCCCAUCCUCCCCCCUCUAUUGCCAUUUACUCCACAGAUCCCCCUGACUGGUUUCGUCGCCCGCUUUCAGGAAAGCAUCACCGAUUGUCCACCUCCGCCGCCUCCUUGCGAUUACAUGCCUGAUAUCGACGAUUGUGCCCCUCCACCCCCACCGCCUGUGGACUAUACAGACGAGACCCCAAACUCUCCGACGGACUACAUUGAGAAAGUCAUCGCCAUCUAUACAUACAACAAAAGCAAAGAUGAUGAGCUGAGUUUUCAGGAAGGGGACGUGAUCUACGUGACUGCUAAGAAUGAGGACGGGUGGUACAAGGGGUUCAGCGCUGGAGCUUCAGGUUUCUUCCCAGGAAAUUACGUGCAGGUGACGGACUGAAGGCAGAACAGCACAGACCAAACGGAAAACGAAAGCAACUGGUGAAAUGAAUCACUCAUAACCAUUGGGUUAACACGUUUGCUACGAUUUGUGAGCCCCGGUAAAGAGGGGGCUGUUUAAUGUCCUGCUUCUUUCCUGCCGGCAGUGUCGGGAAAACUUAAAUGUCUAACACUGGUGAAAAGCCUUCGAGAUAACUAACUGCUACGGUUUGCUGCAUCCAUCAACAAUUGUAUUACGCGUCCAGGGGCUGGGUGUCAGGGGGAAUAAGUUAUAACAUAAGCGACGAUUACACAAGGCUCUUCAGGCUUGAUGGGAGACAAGUCAGCAAAGCAAAAGGACAUGGGUUGGCUUAAUAAUAAUCCUUGCAUUUGAUAUAGCGCUUUUCACGUAGGGAGGACUUCCCAAAGCGCUUCGCAGAACACACUGUAACGUGAAUUGACUGUAUGUUUGUGGGCGAACGCGGCAGCCAAUUGCGCGCAGCAAUGUCCCACAAACAGUCGUAGAUUGAAAAUGACCAAUUUAUUAUUGCUUUGGGUUUUGGAGGGAUUAUUAUUAGGCUCUGUGUGGAGUAAGGAAACUUGCCCAAGGUUUCGCCCUCUGCCUGGAAUUGAACUCAGGUCUCUCACUUGCAAAGCGAGUGCUCUAACCACUGAGCUACAGGACUCCAAAUACUACUUAGUAUUGCAGAGAGCGGUUUCAGGGCAGACACUUGGAACAGGUUACCAGGAACGGGGGAGUUGAGAUCGGGACAAUGGGACUCGUUCAAAAAUACUCAUGAAUCGUCUUUACUGAAGCAAAUGGAUUUGUACCCCAGUGCCUUUGCCCGCUAUUAUAUACCCCUGAAUGUUGAUUUUGCUGACUAAUCAAUAUUUAGAUGAUUCCCAUUGCUCUCCUGGUUACCAGUUGCUCCUCUAAGUUUACUCUCUGUGAAAAGAAAUACUUCCUGGUGUCUGUCGCAAAAUUGACCUUCACCCCAGUUGUCCUGCGAUCCGAACUCACCUGAAAGUAUUUUGACAAUGCCGAAUUGUAAAUGUGCUAAGCACCCAGACCUGUGAAAUGUACUGUGAAUUAAAAAAAUAAACUCUCUUACAAUCAA